AUGGUUGAGAAGACGGCGGCUGACAGGCAGAUAGACAAGAUCUUCGAAGAAAUUCACAACAUCGCCGAACAGAUAUCCAAGCCGUCUAAGCUUUUCCCUCUGAGCACUCCCAAGUCCCCGACCUGGACCCAUAUGAUUCCCCUCGUAGGAGAGACGGCAAUUUUGGGCAGAGAGGGUCAAGAUUGGAAGGAUCUCCGCAAAAGAUAUAACCCAGGGUUCACAACUCAACAUUUGUGGACUCUGCUCCCUCUCAUUCUCGAGAAAAUGGAACCAUUCUGGAAGUACCUUGACCAAUUUGCUACUUCAGAGGAAGAAUUCUCUUUGGAGAAGCUCAUCUCUAAUUUGACCUUUGAUGUUAUCGGUGCCGCUGUGAUGGGAGCUCAACUUAACGCACAACAGAGGGACAGCUCAAAGCAAGGCGAACUCAUUCGGCUGUUCGCGGAGCUUGUGCAGACAUACAACGACGACAAGAACAACCUUCCAUGGUGGAUUGUCCCUUUGACUACACGAAAGCGGAUUCGGCUGGCUAAGCGCAUUGAUGUACUGGUAAAAGACAAUAUUCAGCGAAGAUAUGCGGAGCUGAAAGAGGAAGCAAAAGGAAAUCGAUCACGAAGCAUUGUGGCUCUCAGUUUCCAAGACACGGAAACCCUGACUCCGCAACUUCUAUCAGAGACGUCGGACCAAGUGCGCAGCUUCCUAUUCGCAGGACACGAUACAAACACCAGUAUGCUGCAGUGGGCGUUUUACGAGCUGAGUCGUACACCCCACGCGCUCAAGGCAGUUCGUGACGAGCUCGACGAGGUUCUUGGUCCUCAAAUUGAACCAUCUACAAUUUGUGCUACUCUCGCAGAGCGAGGCGAGGAUAUUCUCCCCCGUUUACAUUACGUCAAUGCUGUGAUCAAGGAGACACUUCGCCUACACCCCCCUGCCAGCACCGUUCGUAUGACGGAGCCUGGAACAGGCUUCACAGUUUGCACUCCCACCGGCGAGGAGUACAAUCUCGAUGGGACCAUAAUGUAUUCGUGUCAGAGCAUCAUCCAGCGGGAUCCAUCCGUGUAUGGAGACACAGCGGAUGUCUGGGUCCCUGAACGAUGGCUCGGCGAGGCGGCGAAGAGCAUUCCCGCGAGUGCUUGGCGGCCGUUUGAGAGAGGUCCGAGGAACUGCAUCGGAUCUGAGCUUGCGAAUCUCGAAUCUCGCAUCAUCAUCAGCAUCGUGGCUCGGAAGUACGACUUCAUUAAGGUGGGGUUGGGUGAGAGCGUUUUGGAUGAAAAGGGCUAUCCUACGCUUGAUGACAAGGGCCAAUAUAAGACCAAGUCGGACUUGUACAAUGUAGGUCAUGAUUCCCUUUUGUCCAUGGUGUAUGGCUUUACAAAGAGUCUUCUCUAA